AUGUAUCAGACUUCACACUAUGUAAAACCCAACAGCUUCAACUAUUGCCAUUUCAGCAGUUUUGUCACUGACUGGAUGAAAAUGGUUUCACAGUCUUGGAUGGAUGCGUUUGUGGUUAGGACAAGCAAACUCACACGCUCAAAAAAAAAAAAGACAACACAAUUUGAAAGAGCCACCCAGAGGGAGACAGUGUCAGCACCACCUGUGUCACACACACAGGCUGUGCUUUGUCUGCUGUUUCUACUUGACAAAAGGGGAACAGUUGUUUCUUUCAUCAGUGAACCACAGCUGCAGGUGGAUUUCUAUACCAGGACGAAUGAGGACUCAGACGUCACCUUCCAUUUCCAAGUGUACUUUGGCUGUUGUGUAGUCAUGAAUAGCCAUGAGAAGGGGGCUUGGAAGCCUGAGGUGAAAUCCAAAAAUAUGCCCUUUCAGGAUGGCAAAGAAUUUGACCUGAGUAUCUUGGUGCUAGACAGUAAGUACCAGGUAGUGGUCCGUGGCCAGUGUUCUUAUAGCUUUGACCAUCGAAACCUGCCUGAGUCUGUGAGGAUGGUGCAAGUGUGGAGAGACGUCUCCCUGACCAAAAUGAUUGCCUGCAGUUGAGGGUGAUAACCAGACUCCGUGUUGACAAGGAAUCCCGGUUCCUGUGUGACCAUGGGAUUCCCAGAGCUAGCUAACAGCAUAAUUCCUCCUCUCUUCAACCCUUACUCUUUUUCUUUAAAGCUUCAACAAACUUUAAAAAAAAAAACAAAAAACUACAUUUUAAAAUCACAUACGCCCAUGUUUCUUCACAAAGGGAAUAUCUUAUCUGUAAAAUAAAGCCAUAUUCCCACUGGAAAGUUGGUGAUCAUUAAGAAUUUCUAGGUUGCUUAAAUAAUAGUAUCUUGCCUAUACGAAGUUCUUUUUUCUUUGUUUUCUUUUUUUUUGAGACAGUCUCACAAUGCUACCCAGGCUGGAGUGCAGUGGCGCACAGUGGAGUGCAGAAUCCGCCUCCUGGAUGCAAGCAAUUCUCCUGCCUCAGCCUCUGGAGUAGCUGGAAUUACAGGCGCCCACCACCACACCCAGCUAUAUUUG